GCGGCUGCCGCACGCCGGAGCCGCCGCCAUGCACCCCGGGCCGCCCCGCGCCGCGCUCCGCCUGUGGCUGGGCUGCGUCUGCCUCGCGCUGGUGCAGGCGGAUAGCCCCUCGGCCCCAGUGAAUGUCACCGUGAGGCACCUCAAGGCCAACUCUGCAGUGGUGAGCUGGGACGUCCUAGAGGAUGAGGUCGUCAUUGGAUUUGCCAUCUCUCAGCAGAAGAAGGACGUGCGGAUGCUGCGCUUCAUCCAGGAGGUGAACACCACCACCCGCUCGUGCGCGCUCUGGGACCUGGAGGAGGACACCGAGUACAUCGUGCACGUGCAGGCCAUCUCCAUUCAGGGCCAGAGUCCGGCGAGCGAGCCCGUGCUCUUUAAGACGCCACGGGAGGCUGAGAAGAUGGCCUCGAAGAACAAAGAUGAGGUGACCAUGAAGGAGAUGGGGAGGAACCAACAGCUGCGGACGGGCGAGGUGCUGAUCAUCGUCGUGGUCCUGUUCAUGUGGGCCGGCGUCAUCGCCCUCUUCUGCCGCCAGUAUGACAUUAUCAAGGACAAUGAACCCAAUAACAACAAGGAAAAAACCAAGAGUGCAUCAGAAACCAGCACACCAGAGCACCAAAGCGGGGGCCUUCUCCGCAGCAAGAUAUGAAAACCUUUUCAGUGCUUGCUUUGAGCAGCUCAGAAGAGAGACAUAGAGAAUGGAAGAGAAUCUCAUGGUUCUGAUGAGGAUUAUCCAACAAACCAACAUCUGGCUCUCUCUACAUUUCCUCCUUCCUCCAUCUCCUUACACCCUCUGGCUUACUGUCCUCUCUCUUGGCUUCUCUCUGGCGCUCUCCUGAAGCCUCUUAUUAAUCCACCAUCUCCAGAAGCACCUCAGCAAUGUCAGUGGCUGAGGCUACACUCAGAGGCAGAUCUGCAGGAUGUGAGAGAACCAGCCAGUGGGAUGCUCGGCUAGGGCCCGGGACCCAGUCCUGGCCAUUCAGCUGCGUGAAGCCGAAGGCUGGGUUUGAGAGGCAGAGAGAUAAGCCAUCCGGGCAGGGCUCCUCCUUUCCUUCCACCUGAGACAAGAGCCUGGCUUUUAGGCUGCAGCCCUGCUGCUCCCUUCCUUCUGGUGUCUUCUCCCUGUUUCCAUCCUUGCAAGAAGUCUGUUCAAUUUAGCCCUGGCUGCUUCUCUCAUUUUUUUUUCCUCCCAGUUUCCAAACAAGCCCUCAGUGAACAUCAUCGAAGCAUGACUGCCUGUCUGCAGGGAGAAGGAUUUCAUUUUUCUUCUCUGCUGGACCCCAGGUCCAUGGGCACAGGGAGAAAGAGGACUGCCAUGGGGGGGGAGGCACAGCUAGCUGCACAGUUCUCCCUCUGCCCCACCCCCCAUCCUAGUCUGGUGAAGAAGGCUGAACUGCAAACCCAAAUUCUGCAAAAAAUAAGCCACAAAACUAAAAGGCCUGGCCCCGUUCUGGAAAAGGCAAAGCUGCAUGAGACACAGCCUUCUUUCUGCCUCCUCGCCUCUCCUGGACUGGCUUCCUCUUUGAGAAAAUGCACAAAGCUCCUGGGAGAUGACAAGCACCUAGACUGACAGAAGCUGUGUCUU